UCGCGCUCCCUCCGGCUCGCCGCGCCCUCGCUCCCUCUGCUCGCCCCCUCGCUCGCUCUCUGCCCAGAUCGAGGCUCUCCGGUCCUUUCUCCCCCGCCUCCCCCUCGCGCCGCGCCCCCGGCCCCCCGCCCCGGCCCGCGGCGGGACCUCCGGGGUCGAAGGUUCUGGCCCGCCCGCGCCCCCGCGCCCCCCGCGCGCCUGCCGCCGGCUCGGGCCGCUCGGCGAUGGAUCGCCUGCUCGCCGGGCGCUGAAGGCAUCCCCGGACCGGAGCGCAGCCCGGAAAGACACGUGCAGCAGUGUUGAUGAGCAGAUCCUUGGGGGCAGAGGCUGGCUGAGGCGCACCAUGCCUGCUUCCCUCCUUGGUGCCGGAGAGUUGUGAAUUGCUCAUGCCGAUAGGGAGGAAGGAUGGCACAUGGGAUUCCCUCUCAAGGCAAGGUGACCAUAACGGUGGACGAGUACAGCUCAAACCCCACCCAGGCCUUCACGCACUACAACAUCAACCAGAGCAGAUUCCAGCCGCCACAUGUACACAUGGUCGACCCCAUCCCAUAUGACACUCCAAAACCAGCGGGCCACACGCGGUUUGUCUGCAUCUCAGACACACACUCCAGAACAGAUGGUAUCCAGAUGCCUUAUGGGGACAUCCUUCUCCACACAGGCGAUUUCACCGAGCUGGGACUGCCCUCAGAGGUUAAGAAGUUUAAUGACUGGUUAGGAAACCUGCCGUACGAAUAUAAAAUCGUGAUUGCCGGGAACCACGAGCUGACGUUCGACAAGGAGUUCAUGGCGGACCUCGUCAAGCAGGACUACUACCGCUUCCCCUCUGUGUCCAAGCUGAAGCCGGAGGACUUCGACAAUGUGCAGGCCCUCCUGACCAACAGCAUCUACUUACAGGACUCGGAGGUGACGGUCAAGGGGUUCAGGAUCUACGGUGCUCCUUGGACCCCGUGGUUUAAUGGAUGGGGCUUCAACCUCCCCAGAGGCCAGUCGCUGCUGGACAAGUGGAACCUCAUCCCCGAGGGCGUCGACAUCCUCAUGACACACGGACCUCCGCUGGGUUUUCGAGACUGGGUUCCAAAGGAGCUUCAGCGGGUGGGCUGCGUGGAGCUGUUGAACACCGUCCAGAGGCGCGUCCGGCCCAAGCUCCACGUGUUUGGAGGAAUCCACGAAGGUUAUGGCAUCAUGACCGACGGGUACACCACGUACAUCAACGCCUCCACGUGCACAGUCAGCUUCCAGCCGACCAACCCUCCAAUUAUAUUUGACCUCCCGACCCCGCAGGGCUCCUGAAGCUCCCCCGUGCUGACUGGAAUGUGAGAGAAGGUCUACAAACUGCCAUUUUUCUAAUUACAAACUUACAUUCUCGUACUCGGUUAUUUCCAAAUCCUGUGAGUUCUUUUUGUAAAUUGCUGGAACACAAAUGAUGCUAGAGGUCGUGCUUCUUCUUUGUUUUUUUUCUAAAUGGGGCAUCCAUUGGAAAUCAAAGGAGCGUUGUGAAUUUGUAAAAUGACUUCUGUUUUCUCAAAGGCCACGCCGUUGUACAUUGUUAGUGUUCCCCAAAGGACAGCCAAGCUUUCUUUUUAAAAGGUGAUAAGAGUCUAAUUUUAAAGUGCUUUAAGCUGGAAGAAAAAGAAAAGAAGAAACAGGUAGGCAGUGUUUUAAAAACCACCCAGAUUUGCACAGCUGUUUGAGAGUAUUGUUUGAACUAUUUUGUGUUUUGAUGUUUUGUUGUUGUUUUCUUGGUAAUGCUUCUUCUUUGCAGACGUGGCCCGGAUUCGUAGCAAUCUUUUCAACAAAAGUAGAGGUGGACGAGCCGUCUCCGCACUCUCUGUGAAGAACUCUGUGCCAAGGGAGGAAACGGCCCUCGUUGAAAGGAUGCUUAGCUAGUGAGAUCCACGCUGUGGUUAGCCUCAUUGUUUGUUUGUAUCUUUUAAAUUAUUUUAGCUUUAAAAAUAUGGAAAUGGAAUCUCUCAAGAGCAGGUAUUUCAUGCAGUAAAAAAAUGAGCGUGCAGACUCCUUUUCAAUAGGGGUUUAUAUAUAUAAAUAUUUUUUGUGUGUUAUGACUGAGUGAGGAGUUUGGUAUUGCCGAGGACAGUACAACUGUAAAGGGACGCUGUGAGCGGGGCAUCGGAGGUCCCGAGGAGCUGACGUUUUCUCAGAACUCAAGGUCUUAAAGAGCUUGAGUCAAAUCUAGGUACAUUACAGGCGUGUAUAGACGUAAAUGGAUGCAAUGGAAGCGAACUAAAAUAAGGCUUAGUUGUCCUUUAUAUUUAAAUACCCCGAAUUGUCUUCUUACCCCCCCGUUUUGCACUGUGUGUUGAUGCAAUCUUCGCUAGCACAAAAUAUUGUCGCUAAUAGUCAUUUCUGUUCUCCCGUUGUAAAUGCUGUUGAGCUUAAUUCUAUUUUAUGUUAUCUUGCUAAUGAAAUUUAGGAAAGCAGUUGUUUCUUUAAAUUUAUUGUGAUAUUCUAUAUCUAGCGGCCUUUAUAUGCAAAUAAAAU